UGGGUUGACUUGACGGGCAGAUUGGACUCGAUUGACUCGAACCAUGAAUCCAAGAAUCCCGAUUGAGUCGUUCAGAAUCUUUACAUGACUUAGUCAGUCAGUCAGUGGACCAUCGAACCGAGUGCUCCACUUGAGUAGCCCGUGAACAGCCUGAAAAUCUUCACGCUCAGCCCAUCUUAAACCGUGAGGCUAUACAAUAGCGUUGUUGAGUCGUGGAAUAGCCGUUGUCUGGUCCAUCCCAUUCGUUUGAGGCUCGUCGUCUGAGCGGGCAUGUCGUCUCAUGCGGCGGGUUCGACGGCGGCCACCGCAGCCGCUGCCGCCGCGGCCAAUGUGGACCGCAAUCAGAUCUACCAAUGGAUUCAAGAGCUCUCAUCGCCGGACACGCGAGAAACUGCCCUUUUAGAGCUCAGUAAGAAGCGUGAAGUGGUGCCGGACUUGGCGCCCAUGUUGUGGAACUCGUUUGGCACGAUUGCUGCCUUGCUCCAAGAGAUCAUCAACAUCUACCCGGCCAUCAAUCCACCCGUAUUAUCCGCUCAUCAAUCCAAUCGGGUUUGCAACGCGCUCGCUUUGCUCCAAUGCGUGGCUUCGCAUCCAGACACGCGCUCCGCUUUCCUGUUGGCUCACAUCCCGUUGUACCUUUACUCGUUCCUUCAUACCGUGUCCAAGACCCGUCCCUUCGAGUACUUGCGCCUGACCAGCUUGGGCGUUAUCGGGGCCUUGGUCAAGACCGAUGAGCAGGAAGUGAUCAAUUUUCUCCUCACCACUGAGAUUAUUCCGCUUUGUCUGAGAAUCAUGGAGGCGGGGUCUGAGCUGUCCAAGACCGUGGCCACAUUCAUCCUUCAAAAGAUCCUCCUGGACGAGACUGGUCUAUACUAUAUUUGUCAGACCUACGAUCGUUUUAGCCAUGUGGCCAUGAUUUUGGGCAAAAUGGUCCUUUCUCUAGCUAAAGAGCCUUCAGCCAGACUUUUGAAGCAUGUGGUGCGAUGCUACUUGCGUCUUUCCGACAAUCACCGAGCUUGCGAGGCACUUUGCCAAUGUCUUCCUGACCAGCUAAGGGAUGAUACGUUCACGGCGUGCUUGAAGGAUGACAAGUCCACCAAGCAUUGGCUCGCCCAAUUGCUGAAGAACCUGGACACCAUGUCAGCCGGAGGGGGAGCGGCCAACCCCAGCCAAGGGGGUCAGGCGGGUGUCAGUCUAGGUGGGCCCCCGAAUUUGAACAAACCUCCGGUGGGAUUAACAGCAGGAGGUGGCGUGUUGGGCGGAGGUGGAGGCGGGGCCGGAGGUUCUGGUGCUGGCCCGAAACUGCCCGGCGCUCUGUGAGGGAUGGAUGAGAUAUCGGCUAUGUGCACGUACCCGAUUCGUCAUAAUUUCUAUUACCAACAGCAAAAAUAACAUCACUGCUACCAAAAAUGUUCACAUCAACACAUUUCUGACUGCUAGACUGCUACACCUGGCUACGUUUUGCAAAUAAACAGAAGCGAAGAAUGCUCAAGAUAACGAAUAAAAGAUUCAACUUCAA